AGUUCAUUAGUGUCACGUGUACAAACAAAUUUCAACACUUCCGCGCCAAAUACAUUGAAAUGCACGUAGGAACGUGAUUAAAUUCGAGUCCAAGAAUGUACUUUAUUUAUGUAGUUGCUGGUUUUUUUUUCGUAUACUGAGGCCCGUAUGUGAGUAAAACUCCAUCCACAAUGGAUCCGUCGGAAGUCGAAUUUUUAGCCGAAAAACAAAUAGUGACUGUUGUUCCGAACUUCUCGCACGACGAAGUGUUUCUGAUCGGGGGCAACAUCGGGCCGUUCAACGCCGGGCUGCCGGUGGAGGUCCCGUUGUGGAUGGCGGUGAAUUUGAAGCAGCGACAGAAGUGUAGGAUACAGCCACCCGAAUGGAUGGACGUUGAAAAACUCCAGGCCAAAAAGCAAGAGGAGAUAGAUUCGCCCAUCUUCCAGCCGACACUGAAUGAGAACUACAUGGAGGUCACUAAACUGUUAUUAAGCCAUGCAACUGAUGACAUCCCCCACGCUGACGAAGUGUACACACUAAUCAAGGACAUCUGGGAUUUGAGAAUGGCCAAACUUCGCCAGAGCGUGGACAAGUUUGUCAAAGACCAAGAAACCCAUGCCCGGCUUGACAACCUGUCACUGAUGGAGAUCAACACAGUCCGUCCGUUCCUGACCCAGGCCUUAGAUCACAUGCACACGCUAAGGAUGAACACGGUAACUGGUGGACAGCCAUAUACACAGGAGUGACUCUCCUAAAGGCUGCAUUGGAUUAGCUUCCGCCUGGUCAACCCAGGUUUUAAUAGCUCUGUGGCGUUGGAGUAACCCUGAAAUCAUUCCUACUGCUUAUCUGGGAUAGCCAGGACAGACCCUGAACACAGAGAAGGGUAGUGGUGGAAUAUCGACACACACACAUGCAUUGUUCAUCUCAAGAAACUUACAGUCACGGCGGUGGAACAGCAGAAAAUAUCUGGAAAAUGGCAAAAUAUAGCGGACUAAAAUACAAUCAACUCUAGUUUAGAUCUCAAAGAUUGUCUCGAUCCUAUUUUGAAUACAGAGGCAGUUGGUGUAGUCCGAUGUCGUUGAACUUUUGCCAGGAUGGAAACGAAUUCAAAGUUAGUAUCUGUCAGAUAUGGGCAUAUCUGUGAAUGGACUCCGUGCACAAGUACCCCCUCAACUGUUAUAAACAGAGAGGUGGGGGAGACCACUGGGACGGACAUCCAAUCACAUUACUGACAGCACCUGAUGCUCACGCUCCAGAAUUGUGCACAUUUGAAAUAAAAUUAGUCAUGCGUACUUGUGCGAACUGGUUCGCGCACAGUAUUGAAGGUAGUCAAAAAGGGCAGUCUACCGUUCAUGCACGUACUAGUCAUACCUGUGGUUUUUCAAUGGUCAACUAGCUAUGCUUCUUGCAGAGUACAUGUAUUUAAACAGUCUGCCUUUACCCAAGACAACACGGAGAAGUUGCUCGAACCCAACACCCCCAAAAGAGAACUUGUCAAUUUGUUGACGUGGUUUCUGCUUGUUCAGUGUUUGUGGUAAAACCACGUUACACUCCACAAGGGAACCAGUAGCCUACGUCUUGAAUAUUUCAACCUGGUUUUAAAUUAACGAGGAUUAUAGGCCUUUUCACACUACGAAAAAUCUCCGUGUUGUACACGGGUCAGACACAUGCAAAAUGGAAUAACCUUUUCACACUACAACAUUUGAACACGGCACUGACCCGUGUAGAGCACUCGACCCGUGUCGAAACUAACCCUACUCGGGAGGUGGGUUGAGAAUUCUCGAUCCGUGUCGAGAAGUCCGACACGUGUUGAAAGCCAUAGUGUGAACACUUCUGAGUUACGUUCGACCCGUGUACAACCGCAUAUCGACUCAUCGGACGCGGACCGGCCGGAGUACGAGAGUGCAUUGCGUGCAUGCAGCAUCAUGCUGUAGUUGUUACUUUUUAGCAUGCAACGAACAUACAAAUAACCUUUUACCUGCUGCCCUGUCGCGCCACCACCAGUGAGAUAUGAAAAUCGGACUCGUGUGAAAAUCUGAUCUUUUCCCUUUUAUUGGUUAAACCCUUUCACGUGACCGGUCCCUCUCCUAAUUAUCUAUGCAUGAGCAUGCGCAGUACCUUAAUGAGUCCGUAUUUCAUAACACCUGAUAUUCACACUACACCUGCCGACGGCGCUUGCUUUUUCGUAAGCACUAGAAAGUAGAAGCGGCCGACCACGCUUGGUUUUUUAUGCGUUCUUCGCAUAUACAUGUACUUUCGAUGGUGCUAGAAGUUCAAGUCACAGAAUAUUUUAUCCUCCGACGUAAAAUGGGCCUGAAAUCGGAAGAAAGACUGACAUGAAGUGCGGGUCCGUGGUUGGGCUGACCGUCCAUGGAGCUAUAAAAUAUGUGUAGGGCGGACGGCCUUGUGUGUCGUGUGAAACGAUCGCACAAUACACAGGUCGAAACAUUACACGUGUGGCAAAAACGGUGGGUUUGCAAUGAGUAGUGUGAAAACGUAGCGAAAUUGAACCAUAUUGAAAUUUUUUGAAGUCGACAUGGGUUGGAACCCUGUAGAUUUAGACACGGAUCAGACGUUCAUAGAGUGAAAAGGCCUUAUCUGUACUAUUGUUUUGGUGUAAAUCAGAUUUAAACUGAAGAUCAAGCCGGAAGCUUGUAAAACCAGUCCGGGUGUAUUGUAAAGUGGAACACUUGUAGAAGAGUAAAGUCUUCCAGUAAAAUUAAUGGAUGUCUGAUUUGGCAUCGGUCAAAAAAUUCUACUAACGAUACUGUUUUGUUUAAAGCAAAUCUGGACGUCAUGCCCCAUUUCAGUGUUGUGGUUACUGGGUCCUAAACGCCUUAA